UGCGCCAGGAACCAGAGCGGAGGGUUGCGUCAUUGGAGCGUAUCAGAACGCUGCCUUUCUGCAGGACAUGGAUUUUGAUGCCGUAUACAACAAGCAAGUGCCAGUGCCAUUCAUACCGCCGCGAAACUCGCUCAACUGCGAUCCGACCUACGAGUUGGAGGAAAUGAUUAUCGAGUCGCGGCCUCUGCACAAGAAGAAGAAACGUCUACUGAAGCAGAAGUCGGUCCGGGAUGGUCUCGGUCAGCAGGCAGAACAGUGCGACGACCCGGUCCAGCAGCGGCUCCAGUCCGUGGCCGGAGACUUCGUGGUCUACGACCGCGAGAAGGAGCUCGCGCAGAAGCGGCGCGACCAACUCGAGGAGGAUUGGGAGCGCGAGCUGGCAGAGAGCAUGCGGCGCAGCACCCCCAUCUCGGCCGUAGACGGUACGGUCAUCGAGCGGAUCCGCGCCGAGCUGGUGGCCGGCGGCCGGCCGCUGACCGAGGCAGAGCGCUCCGCCGGCAGCCGUACCGUGCAGGCCCUCCAGGACCUCGAGCUGCGGCGGCCGCCGGCCGAGAACCGUACCUCACACCUCACCACGCCGGCGAGGCGCCGCGCCCGGCUCCGGCAUCAGAUGACUGUGACCUAGGUGGCGCUGGUGAUGCGUGGACUGAGUGUAGGUGGCGCUGUCUGUGGCCACCGUGGGACCGAGCGCUGCUCCGUGAGUGUUGCUGAAGGCGUGAGGAGGCGGGAUGGUGGCUGUGUGGACUAGCCGGCCGUCCUCCUGAUGUCUGUCUGCGCUCCGCAGAGCUCCCUAUGACGCUGUGACGCUGGGUCUGAGCUGUGUGAGCUGGACGCUAUUCAGUGAGGACCUGGUGACCUGGGAGAGGACGGUGGAAGCUCGGAGCUUCUGACCGGGACUGCCGGCCUAUGAACUGUUUGGGGACAGUCGGUGUCGAAACUGCUUUCCACCAAUCAGCAAUCAGGAACUGCUUUCCCCCAAUCACUAGUGGGCUGAGAACCAGCAAGGAACCACGGUAAUGAAUGCUGAUACCACUGUACCUAAUCGUAAUGCUGUACUGGAAACCCCACCUUGGGACCGUUGAACUGAGGCUACUAUACGAGUAAAUAGGUAUUCGAGCCACUGGACUGAUACCACUGUACUGAGGCCAUUAUACGGAGACCACUCUACGGCUGAGUAAGGACAGUGUACUGUGACGGGUGACUAAGAUCAUUGUUCGGCCCAUGAAUACCUACUAAUGUGGGUAAAUUUUAUCCACCAGUGAGCUAUACCGGGACUACGUCAAUCUUCUCGUCUGUGCCUAUACCUAUUCGACCCUCACGGCUUUGCAGACGGAUCACAACAGGUGUCGUUGCCAAUAGAAGACAAGUAGGUAAACACGAGCCGGAAAAGCAAUAAAGCGAAAUCGACGAGACAAACAAGUCCAACAUGGAACGACAACAAUGCGGGAUCCAAAUAAACUCGACAGGGUGAGCUUGUAAAUACAUUGUCCUGUCUAUCGAAA